CACAAAGAGAGCGAGGAGGAAGGAGAAGCCAGUGGAGACACGUGAGAAAGAUCAGCAGGUGGAUUGGACAGCAAACCUGAUUACAGACAAGCACUUUUUUUUUUAAAUCCUAUUUUAUCUAAAGGAAGUUCCCUUUUUUUUGACAGAUAACUAACCAGAACCUGGGCAGGAGGACAAAAAGGAUGUAUUCAUGCUUUCUUUUGCUGCAGGUCAUAAAGUGGGUCAACACCUGAGAAGGAGCUGAAAGGAGCAGCAGAACUGAGACAGUUUUGUCCUUCUGAACGAGCACUGAAAGAGGGGACGGACAGGCUGAACUGGCUGGAGACAUUAGACGGACAGAAUGCUGAGUUAUAAAGAAAAAGGUUUAUUAGCUUUUAUUUAGAGGAUACCGGAGAGGUAAAUGGUUUCUAACCUGUGAACAGCACCAUUUUUACAUCUUGACAAACAAACGUAAACUGGUUUCACAGGCUACAUGUGGACUAAUUCAACUAAACUGACCCUGCUGCUGGAAAAACAGCCUGCUAACCGUCUGUAGCUUUCACUGGAAGCAGUGGGAGUUCACAUACUUUCUUUCCUAUGACCCAGCAUUUUAAAUUCUUAUUCAAGCAUAAAGAUAACCCAGAAAGUAUAGGGAGGAUCAUUUCCUCCACUCUCACACAUCCAGAGAAAGAGACGCAUUACUCCACUGCAACUCCACCAUGCAGACCCCAGGACCCGAGCACGAUGACUCUUUUGAUUUCCUGUUUAAGAUCAUCCUGAUCGGAGACUCUAACGUGGGGAAGACCUGUGUGGUUCAGAAUUUCAAGUCAGGGAUUUUUGCAGAGAGGCAGCAGAACACCAUCGGAGUGGACUUUACUGUACGAACCCUGGACAUCGAGGGCAAGAAAGUGAAGAUGCAGGUGUGGGACACGGCAGGCCAGGAGAGGUUUCGUACGAUCACCCAGAGCUACUACCGCAGUGCUCACGGCGCCAUGAUUGCCUAUGACAUCACGCGGCGCUCAACCUUUGACUCGGUGACCCACUGGAUCAAGGAGGUGGAGCAGUUCGGGGCAACCAAUAUAGUGUUGGUCCUCAUAGGUAACAAAUGUGACCUGGAGCCGGAACGUCAGGUUCUGUUUGAGGAAGCCUGCAACCUGGCAAAGGAAAGAGGCGUACUAGCUGCUCUCGAAACAUCAGCAAAGGAGAGUCAGAACGUGGAAGAAGCCUUCAUGAUGACGGCCAGAGAGCUGCUGUCCCGUAACGGCCUCAGUGUCCAGCAGGGAGACUUGGAGAGCACGCCCCGGGUUCUCCUCCGGGCCAACUCUCGGCCGGUUAACGGCGUCGCGGCUGCCUACACGCCACCGGAGAAGAAGUCAUGUUGCUGACACAACAGGGACGAUAAAAAAGUGUGGGACCGCUGUUGGAGAUUAAGAGCUGUCAGCGGAUGAGGAAGCAGGCGAAGGACACUUUUUAAUCAUGAAUGUUGGAGAAGAGGAACGGACGAUGCAUAGAUGUGGAUUAUGGCCCUCAAGAACUGAGGAUGUUUGAAUUGACGAAGUUAUAGCAAUUAUUGGAAAGUAUUGAAAAAUCAACUCAGUGUACUUUUCUGUGAAUUAUCUGACAUGAGGAGAAUUAGAAGCUUGUUCAUCUGGUACUGCAAAGACAAGAAAGUCAAUGCUUCAGCUAGACAUGCUUAGCACUGACAGAAUAAGGGCCAGCGGUGAGUGGUGAUGGGUGUGAUCAGUGUUGUGGUGAAGCUACAGUAAGCCAAUCUCAUUCAUAUCAACUAUAUCUAGAUGUUUUUUGUUUUUUUUCUCCUCCAGUUAAUGUCACAUAUGCACAAACCGCUGUGAGACCGUUACCUAUUGUUUGACUUCGCACUGGCAUAAAUAAUGGAAAUCUGAAUGUAAAGACGAGAGCUUUGAUAAGGCAGUUACCGCAUAAAGUGAGCAUUCCCAACAACCUGCUCACCAGCCUCAGCGAUGUUAACUUUAACACGCCCCAGUCAGUACAACUAGAGCACAAACAUUUCCGUAUCUGCUUUUAUCUGGAAAUAUUACACUUCUUGGAAUGCGUUUUGUCGAAAAUGCUGUCCCCCAUGCUUCACUCGACCGCCGAUGAGACUUGAAAAUCUGAUCCGAGCUGUGAUCGUCUGCUGCUGCGCUCUGGGUGAAACCAUCCUGGAGAACCUGUUACAAACCAGAAGGCUGUGAAUUAAAAUGUAUUUUUUUGUUUGUGUUUUUUCUACUUUCUCCUGUGAAUGUGUUGUAAAUGGAUUCUUUCAAAUUCUGAUCGGAUCACGUGAUGAAAAGGGUGGCAUAAAAAAACUUCAAUUCAUCUUGGGUUAUUUUCUCCAAUUCUCUUGAACUCUACUGAAAGGAUCAUUUUAAGAGAUAUUCCCUCAUUUUGUGUGUUGAUGAUUGUGGG